GUCCUGAAAUCUGCUUUCCCAAGCAUGCGCCAUGUGACUUCACCCAGCACUGCCGAGCUCAGCACCAAGCCUGCUGCUUUCUGGAGAUUUCAUGUGAGGAAAAGGACGAACCCCAAACCCCUUUCCCUCUCAUCUUGCGUUGUUUAGACUGUUUAUUUUUCGCCGCACCGCCCCCCCCCCCUUCCGUCUUUUUUUUAUCUUAUAAUGUGGACCUUCAAAGCGCUCGGAGUAUGACACAAGGUUUUAGGAUGCUGGACUUGUGCUGCUCGUUUCGUUCCUCUCUUUUUACUUAAAUGCCAACACGGUGAAUGCGUCGGACAAAGUGGACAAGCCUGCUGGUCCGCAUUCAGAAAGUCAACAUAUUGUCUUUCUCGAUUCUAUUUUCCCUGGAGCGACUUCAGAAGGAUGUAACGACCGAUCCACCUUGCGCAGCUGAAGUCUUCUCAUCAAAAUGCAGAAGGGAAUACGACUUAAUGAUGGUCAUGUCACCUACCUGGGGCUUUUGGCGAAAAAGGAUGGUACAAGACGAGGGUGCUUGAGCAAAAAAAGCUCAGACAACACGAAAUGGCACACAAAGUGGUUUGCUUUGUUACAAAAUAUGCUCUUUUAUUUUGAGAACGAGUCCAGCUCUCGACCCUCGGGAUUAUACCUGUUGGAGGGAUGCAUAUGCGACAGGGCGCCUUCACCAAAACCUUCACAGUCAGCCAAGGAGUGUUUGGAAAAGCAGUACUAUUUCACUGUCAACUUUACCCAUGAAAACCAAAAGGCGCUUGAGUUACGCACAGAAGAUGUAAAGGACUGCGAUGAAUGGGUGGCUGCAAUAUCACACGCCAGUUACAGAAACUUGGCCAACGAGCAUGAGACUCUCAUGCAGAAGUAUCUUCAUCUGCUUCAGAUUGUGGAGACGGAGAAAACAGUUGCUAAGCAACUUCGACAACAGAUAGAAGAUGGGGAAAUAGAGAUUGAAAGGCUUAAGUCAGAGAUCUCUGGGAUGCUCAAAGACAACGAGAAGAUUCACAACAGCCCUGCAGCCACCCCAACAGAUGAUGACUCAGAAAUCAAGAAAAUCAAAAAAGUCCAGAGCUUCCUGCGAGGCUGGAUCUGCAGGAGGAAGUGGAAGACAAUCAUCCAGGAUUACAUCCGCUCACCACAUGCAGAGAGCAUGAGGAAGAGGAACCAGGUGGUGUUCAGCAUGUUGGACUCAGAGGCCGAGUACGUCCAGCAGCUUCACAUCCUGGUGAACAAUUUCCUGAGGCCCCUCCGCAUGGCAGCCAGUUCCAAGAAACCGCCCAUCACCCACGAUGAUGUCAGCAGCAUCUUCCUCAACAGCGAAACUAUCAUGUUUCUACAUCAGAUAUUUUACCAAGGUCUAAAAGCCAGAAUAGCGAGCUGGCCAACAUUAGUGCUGGCCGACCUGUUCGACAUCCUGCUGCCCAUGCUGAACAUCUACCAGGAGUUUGUGAGGAACCACCAGUACAGCCUGCAGAUCCUGGCUCACUGCAAGCAGAACAGAGACUUUGACAAGCUGCUGAAGCAGUACGAGGCCAAGCCCGACUGUGAGGAGAGGACUCUGGAGACCUUCCUCACCUACCCCAUGUUCCAGAUUCCCCGCUACAUUCUUACGCUCCACGAACUUCUGGCCCACACUCCCCAUGAACAUGUAGAGAGAAACAGUCUGGACUACGCCAAAUCUAAGCUGGAGGAGCUUUCCAGAAUCAUGCAUGAUGAAGUGAGCGAGACCGAGAACAUCAGGAAGAACCUGGCAAUAGAGCGCAUGAUCAUAGAGGGCUGUGAGAUUCUCCUCGACACCAGCCAGACAUUUGUAAGACAAGGGUCUCUCAUCCAGGUGCCGAUGAGCGAGAAGGGCAAGAUCACCCGUGGGCGACUAGGCUCUCUGUCUCUGAAGAAGGAGGGGGAGAGGCAGUGCUUUCUCUUCUCCAAGCAUUUAAUCAUCUGCACCAGGGGUUCUGGGGGAAAGCUUCAUCUCACCAAGAAUGGAGUAGUCUCGCUUAUAGACUGCACUCUUAUGGAGGACCCUGAGGGGACAGAUGAUGAGUCCAAAUCAGACAAGAGCGGCCAGGACAUGGAGCACCUGGACUUCAAGAUUGUCGUGGAGCCAAAGGACAGCCAGUCAUUCACAGUCAUCCUGGUGGCCUCCUCGAGGCAGGAGAAGUCUGCAUGGACCAGUGACAUCAGCCAGUGCAUAGACAACAUUCGCUGCAAUGGGCUGAUGAUGAACGCCUUCGAAGACAACUCCAAAGUCACAGUGCCACAGAUGAUCAACAGGUCAGAUUCAAGUCUGUACUGUGAUGAUGUGGACAUCCGCUUCAGCAAGAUGAUGAACUCCUGCAAGGUGCUGCAGAUCCGCUACGCCAGCGUUGAGCGCCUGCUGGAGAGACUGACCGACCUUCGUUUCCUCUCCAUCGACUUCCUCAACACCUUCCUGCACUCCUAUCGUGUGUUCACCACCGCUGAUGUGGUGCUAGACAAGCUCAUCACCAUCUACAAGAAGCCCAUCAGUGCCAUCCCUGCUCGGUCCCUGGAGUUGUUCUUUGCCAGCAGCCAGAACAGUAAAUUCCUGUAUGGAGAGCCUCCCAGCUCCCCCAGGGCCAGCAGAAAGUUCUCCUCCCCACCUCCUCUCGCUAUCGCCAAGAAUUCAUCCCCAAACCGCCGGCGCAAGCUCUCCCUCAACAUCCCUAUCAUCACUGGGGGCAAAGCUCUUGACCUUGCUGCCCUCAGCUGCUCAUCAAAUGGCUAUGCAAGCAUGUACUCAUCCAUGUCCCCAUUCAGCAAGACCACCUUGGACAUCAACAAACUGUACGUGUCCAGCCCUACCUCGAGCAAAAUCCCUGAUGAGGGAGAAGACAAGAAGGACAAGGUGGAGGAUACCUUAGUGAGCAAACAAGAUCACUCUGUACGAGAAGAAAGUGACAUUGAUCAUAACCAGAGUGAUGACGGGGACCCAGAAGCCUCUCCUAUCAAAUCACCAACCACUCCAAAAAACAUCAAAUGCAAAAACUCCUCAGAGUUCUCCCUGUUUUCCUACAACAACGGCAUGGUAAUGUCCUCGUGUCGAGAGCUGGACAACAAUCGCAGUGCCCUGUCUGCUGCCUCUGCCUUUGCUAUUGCUACAGCUGGAGCCAAUGAGGGCACACCCACGAAGGAAAAAUAUCGGCGGAUGUCCCUAGCCAGUACUGGCUUCCCAACAGAUCAGAGAAAUGGAGACAAAGAGUUUGUGAUCAGACGAGCAGCGACCAACAGAGUCCUGAAUGUCCUGAGGCACUGGGUGUCCAAACACUCUCCGGACUUUGAGAGUAACAAUGAGCUGAAGACAAAAGUUAUUGUCUUCCUGGAAGAGGUGAUGCAUGACCCCGAGCUGUUGACCCAGGAGAGGAAAGCAGCAGCCAACAUAAUCAGGACUCUAACUCAGGAAGAUCACGGUGACAAUCAGAUCACCCUUGAAGACGUGACACAACUGAUGGGAGAAGGAAAUGUCGAGCCCUUUGAGAGCCACUCUGCAUUAGAGAUCGCAGAACAGCUCACUCUGUUGGACCACCUGGUGUUUAAGGUCAUCCCGUAUGAGGAAUUCUUUGGACAAGGCUGGAUGAAGAAUGACAAAAAUGAGAAGACGCCGUACAUCAUGAGAACAACAAAGCACUUCAAUGAUAUAAGCAACCUUAUUGCCACAGAGAUCCUGCGCUGUGAGGACGUGGUCACACGAGUGGUGGUCAUAGAGAAAUGGGUGGCUGUAGCCGACAUCUGUCGCUGUCUCCACAACUACAAUGCGGUGCUCGAGAUCACCUCCUCCCUCAACCGCAGCUCUGUUUUUCGCCUCAAGAAGACCUGGCUCAAGGUUUCCAAGCAGACAAAAGGAUUGAUUGACAAGCUGCAGAAGCUGGUCUCAUCAGAGGGAAGGUUCAAAAACCUGAGAGAGGCUUUGAAGAACUGUGAUCCUCCCUGUGUGCCCUAUCUGGGGAUGUACCUCACAGACCUGGCUUUCAUUGAGGAGGGAACACCAAACUACACAGAAGACAACUUGGUCAACUUCUCGAAGAUGAGAAUGAUUUCUCACAUCAUCAGAGAAAUCAGGCAGUUUCAGCAAACAGCAUACAAGAUUGACCUGCAACCAAAGGUAACCCAGUAUCUACUGGAUAAUAGCUUUGUUCUGGAUGAAGAAAGCAUGUACGAAGCCUCACUCAGAAUUGAGCCUAAAGUGCCCAACUGAUGGGGAAGUUCAUCCUCCACAUUAUUUUCUCUGUUAAUAUUACACACCAGUUAACAACUUUUGUAUAGUUGUACAUGUUUAAGAUAUUUGCUCUUCUGUACAGUAGAUGUUUAAGGUUGUUUGUUACUGUUGCCAUGACACCACCUGCUUUAAGUUUUUUUUUUUUCCUUUGGGGUAUUUCAAGCAUAAUAACAGAGGUCCCUUUAGUUGCACACAACUGUGUUUUCUUAGUGACCAAUGACAUUAUUUUGCAUCAUUUCAUACUGUUUUGACUUUGCACUUUCUGAGCACUCGUGCUGCCGGCCGUUGCUUGAGUUUUAUCGAUGACUGAGUUUCUCUGCAACCAAUGUAGCAUUGUAAAAAUGUAACUGCAUCAAAUCAGGUAAAAGUACGGAGAAGCACUUCAUUUAAAGAUAGGGAACGAUGAUCAGUGGAGAUGACAGCGAGGUACCUGAAGCAUAACUGUCUCUGUGCUCCCCAAACCAAAACAAUGUGCUGUUGACGGAACGGUUACCUCACAUACUCAUGAAUUCCUUUAAUGAACACGACUAAAAGUCUACUGCCAUGCUAGCAGCUUUGUAUGGCUUUACUUAGGCACAGUGGUGCUUUGACCCUAAUGAUAACAUCAGCAUUCUAACAUGCUCAAAAUGACAAUGCUAUCAUGCUUAUGUUUACCAUGUUAACCAUCUUUGUUUAGUGUGUUAGCAUGCUAACAUUAGCACUAAACAAAAAGUAUGUUUAGUCAUGCAAGUAUUUGAUCAUAAAGUAUUGGACCAAUUAAGAUUUUGACCUGAAUAUGGCGCUAGAUGAAAAGUUAAGGGAUCACCAAAGUUAUCAUAAUUCAUCCUGAGUGGGACAUGAAUAUCUGAAACAAAUUUCUUUUAACAGUUGUUGACUUUUCACUUGAAAAAACAAAUGUGUAAACCGCGUGGUGGCAUUAGAGAAAAAGUGAAAGGGGCACUAAAGGCAGUAGGCUUCAUCCUCUGGGAACUGUGAAUAUUCGUACCAAAUUUCAAUGCAAUUCAGUAGUUGUUGAAAUAUUUCAGUCUGGAUCAAAAUGCUGGUGACAGACUGAUGAGCAUUGCCAUCUCUAGAGCCAUGCUGCUAGCACAGCUAAACAUCUAUAUAUUGUUGGUGAGAACGUGACUGGAGCUGAUGAAAAAUGCAGAACAGACAUUCUUUCAUAAUUAUUUAGGUUAUUAUUUAGGUUAGCAAAUUUUUUCCGAGGGCCGGUAACGGUCCACAGGGGUCAGGAACCUCUGUUUUAAGACACAUGUCUUCAAUAACUCUUUUCUUUUUAGCCUCUUGUCACACAAGGUGCACAAACUCACCUCAGUAUAUUUUAUCUAAUUUGUUAAAAGCUGUGUAACAACACAGUAAAUCAUAAAGAAAGGUUGCAUCUCUUUAGAUUGCUGUGAUUUAAGGUGAAGCAUUAGUCAUCUGAAUUUACAAUUACACUUAAAACACACCAAUACAGUACAGUGAGUUCUAUCUAUGUUAAAAUUUGUUUCCUGGUUUUUAGUUCAACUCAUAAAAAAAAGAUCACAUGCGGUGGAAAGUGUUGUACUUCAGGUUUUUGACGAUACUUCUGUAGAGUAAAAGGUUGUUGCUCUUCUGUAAUUAAAAGACAAUCUGUCCUUUUUUGCUGUUCCAGUGAUUGUGGAACGUGACUGUAUAUCACUCUGUUAUAUGCAUUGCUGUUUACUAAAACUAUGAUACAAACGUAUGUGAAUGACCUCUGCCUGCAGCAUUCAAACACUAUUUUUGUAGUAGUAUAAGAGAGAGUAACCUACUCUUUAUAUGAACAUGGGAAAGUAUUUUGUACUUUGUUGUUAAUUCACCUCACUGAGAUGUGCUGUAUAUUUUGUACAUGCAACCCUGCAUAUUUCUCAAUGUGGAACAGUGUAAUCCUUUCAACAAAAAAAGAGUUGUAUCUCAAGCUUAAACACAAAAUGCUACAACAGUGUGGAAACCAUGACUUAGAGGUAGGAGACAACUUCAAAGUGUUUUGCAUUUAUACUGUAAUCCUGGCUAUAACCAUUUCUGUUAGCAGGAAUAUAGUAAUGUAGUGCUUAUUCUGUGAAUAUUUGUAUGUAUUUUUACUAUGUAUGUACAGUACACUUUUGAAGCUCAUGUGGCAGGCAUGCAACACCUUCACAAACAGAAUAAUACUAUAUACUUAUACUGUAUACACUUAUACAUGCACAUACUCUUAUAAGGUAUAUGAACAAAUAAACAUUUUGCUGUUAGCAAUACCCAGUGGUAUGAAAAUUAUCUUUCAACCCUCAUGUUUCCACACCUUCAGAAAUAUUCCCAGUUUUGUAAGAAAACAAAAUGAAAAGACAACAAAAGAAAUUAUAUGAUGGUGAUAAUAACAACAACAAAUAAACACAAAUAUGUUUCCCAGUUACCUCUUGCUAAUAAAUCUAUUUUAUAUCAGGG